AUGAUACAUGAUGCAUUUGUAGAUGUUACACAGUUCAUGGAUACUGACAUUAGUGAAAGUGGUGGCAUGGAUCAAAACGUACAAGAGAAUACUGCUCAUCCAUAUGAAAAUCAACCUCAUCCAGAGGUGGAUAAGUUUGAACGGCUCAUGAAAGAGGCAAAUGAAGAACUGUAUCCUGGAUGUAAGAAGUUUAGCAAACUGUCUUUUUUGCUGCAUAUGUAUCACUUAAAAUGCACGUUCAAACGGUCAAAUGAAUCUUUUAAUUCUUUGCUUGGACUAUUAAAAGAUGCGCUUCCUGAAGGAGAAAAAUUGCCUCCUUCUUUCUAUGAGACCAAAAAGAUAGUUGAAGGCUUGGGCUUAAAGUAUGAAAAAAUUCAUGCUUUUUCCAACGAUUGCAUGCUUUUUAGGAAAGAGUUUGCUAAUAAGAAUGUUAAUGAAUGCAAAGUUUGUGGGGCUUCUAGAUGGAAAAAUGAUGCUAGAAAAAUUCCAGCCAAGGUCCUAAGGUAUUUUCCUUUAAAACCAAGGCUACAGAGAUUGUUUAUGUCUUCAGAAACUUCUAAAGCAAUGCGAUGGCAUCAUGAAGAGCGCAACAAAGAUGGAGUUCUACGGCAUCCUGCAGAUUCUGAAGCUUGGAAAUUUUUUGAUAGUAAAUAUCCUGAAUUUGCUGGAGAUCCUCGCAAUGUGCGCCUGGGAUUAGCUUCUGAUGGGUUUAAUCCAUUUGGCACAAUGCGAACUGUACACAGUACAUGGCCAGUGAUUUUAAUUCCAUAUAAUCUUCCACCAUGGAUGUGCAUGAAACAAGAGUUCUUCAUUUUGUCCUUACUUAUUCCUGGACCAAAAGCUCCUGGCAAUAAUAUUGAUGUCUAUUUGCAACCUUUAAUAGAAGAGUUAAAUGAAUUAUGGGAUGUUGGGAUAGAAACAUAUGAUGCCUCUGCUAAGGAGAUAUUUCAAAUGCGAGCAGCUCUCAUGUGGACUAUAAAUGAUUUUCCAGCAUAUGGUACUCUCUCUGGAUGGUGCACUUAUGGUCGGUUUGCAUGCCCUUCUUGUAACAUAAACACUCAAUCUAGAAGGCUCAGACAUGGCAGGAAGUUUUGUUACAUGGGGCAUCGGCGCUUCUUGAAGUCAGGACACAAAUAUCGGAAUGAUGAAAAAUCGUUUGAUGGUACUAAAGAAACAAGACCCGCACCUUGUCCAGUAUCUGGGUCACUAGUGUUGAAUCAAGUUAAAGAUAUAAAAUUUACUCUCGGCCAGUCGAGUGAAGGGGUAAGUGGAGUGAUGAAAAACACAUGGAAAAAGAGGAGUAUUUUUUUUUAUCUUCCUUAUUGGAAGUCUAACUUGGUGCGCCAUAAUCUUGAUGUGAUGCACAUAGAAAAGAAUGUGUGUGAUAACUUAAUUUAUACAUUAUUGGAUCUUGGUAAAAAGUCCAAAGAUAACUUAGAAGCUCGAUUGGACUUGAAGGAGAUGAAAAUAAGACCAAGUUUAUGGCCUCAAUAUCGAGCUAGUGGGAAAGCAUAUCUUCCUCCUACAUUUUUCACAAUGUCUCAAAAGGAAAAGGAGUUGUUUUAUGAAGUACUACAAAAUGCCAAGUUUCCAGAUGGCUAUGCGUCUAAUAUCUCACGUUGCAUUCGCAAACGAAAGAUAUCCGGGUUAAAAACUCAUGAUUGUCAUGUUAUAAUGCAAGAAUUUCUUCCUCUUGCCUUACGGAGAUCAGUAGAUAAAAGAGUUAGUUCCAUUUUAAUUGAACUAUGUACAUUCUUUCGUGUUCUGUACAGCAAAGAACUAAAAGUAGAAGAGUUAAAGUUACUUGAAGAAAAAAUUCCAGAAACAUUGUCUACUAUGGAGAAACUUUUCCUCCCAGGAUUCUUUACUGUUAUGAUACAUUUGGUAAUUCACUUGGCAACUGAGGCUAAACAUGUGGGGCCAGUACAUUAUCGCUGGAUGUACCCAAUUGAGAGUCAGAAUUACUCUAACGCCCAAGCACGUGAUGGUCAAUCUAAUGAGUUGAAUAGUUCUGAUGGUGGCACUGAAAUUCCAAAUGAUGACGAUUCAGAGCAUUCUAUCAGCAUAUUCUCCGAUAUUUCUUACGCAUAUGGAACUGGAAUUCUCUGUGUUUCUGGGCCAGCUGCCAUAUCUUCCCAAAGUAAAUCCGAGAGUGCCAUUGUCAAUUCUCCAACUUCCCCUGUCACAAUAAACAAUGUUAUUCUUCUCUCCUAUGCUUGCUAG